CAGAGUUAUAAAUGACCACAGCCUCCAGUAAAGGUGUGAACUCACAGACUGGAACUCAUGAGUGCAAAGAACCUGUGACUAUAACAAACUACAUCACAGCCACCACCACUGUGUCUCAACUGAAGCAGCACUACUAAAAAUGGGAAGUCUACAGGAGUUGAUCCCCUUCGCCAAAGAGAUGCUGAGUCAGAAACCCAGCCGGGGUCUGCUGAAGGUCUACCUGGUGGGCUCUGUGUUUGCAGUCCUGGGGACGGUCAUCGGCCUGGUGGAAACCGUGUGUCACCCCUUCUCCUCUGGUGAACCCAUAGACGCAGAGAUGCUCCUAAUGCUGGCCAAGGAGCAGAGAACUGUUAAGGCUGAUUUACAGCGCGGUGUGGGCGGCCAGGAGGAAGAGGAGGAGGUGGAGGAGGAAGACAAGGGUGUCACAACUAAGAGCAUGAUUCUGUCCAAGAAUCAAGGACUCAGCCAAAGGAGCAUUUCCAACAGACUGCACGCUUCCUAAAGCUAACAGGGUUGACCCCAAAUGACUUGAGAUAUUUAUUAGGCGACUGCUGCUGCCAGAGCACCGAGCUAUGCAACGUAGAUUGAAGCUUCAUAGACAGCUACAUGCAAAGUUGCCAAGCUACCUGCCUUUGCUGCUUCUUAAUGAUGCAUUUAAGUGCGAGUGGAAAAUGUCUUUGUAAGCUUUAUGCCUUCGGUACGCAUCAAAAGUGAGAUUAUUUUCAGGGCUCUAAAACUGUCAUCAGAGCAUGGAAGUCACUUCAGCAAUACAAUGUCAGAGAUGAAUUAUACAUUGACUCUAAUAGGGUGUUGCAGCUCUACGGGGACCCUUCAUCUUGACCUCAAUCAAACACUAAGAAAUCAAGUAUGUAUCAAAUAGUGUGAAACUUGAACAAGCUUCAAACUAAUGACACACUCAUUAUUCAUCUCCACAAAACAAGCUUCUCUGAUUCUGCUGGCUGAAAGGAAAACAUGAAAGGGAGUGUGUUCAGGGUCCAUUUUGUUCAUAUUUCAUACAAGUCAGGACUUUUAUCUAUGUAUUCAAGAGUGUUUGAAGAGUACCUGAAUGCAGCAUGUUGUUAAAGUCUCUGUGGCUGUGGUAAGCUGCUGUGUAGCGCCCCCUAAUGUCUGACGGAUGUAUUUGAUCUGACCUACGUACUGUGUUCAAGUAGAGGAAGAUUGAUGUAAAUAUUGUGCUGCGCAUGAUGAGCAAAUAUUGUAAAUAUAUGUUUUUUUCAUACCAAUAAAUUUCAUUUUUUACAAAG